CACCGCAACCUCUUCUGGCGUUCUCUCUCUCUAAAACAAUGGCUAAGCCGACGGAGUACGUUAAGCAUAUCGAGUCGUACGUCGACUCGUCCAGCUCUCCCUCCCAACAGGCUGCCAGUGUGGAUGCACUUGCUAUUCUUUUGAAGAAUGACUUAUUAACCUUAGAAGCUUUAGUUAGAGAAUUGGACUUGUAUUUGACUACUACGGAUAGCAUCAUUCGCUCAAGAGGCAUACUUCUCCUCGGGGAACUAUUGACACAAUUAGAGUUGAAGCCUUUAAGUGAUGCUGCGAUACAUUCCUUGAUAGGAUUCCUUACAGAAAGACUGGAAGACUGGAGAGCUUUGCGUGGUGCACUUGUUGGUUGUUUGGCACUGUUGAGGAGAAAAACUGAUGUUGGUGUGGUAACUGAAAAUGAUGCAGAAGCUGUGAUGAAAUCAUAUAUGCAAUAUCUGCAAGUGCAGUCCAUGGGACAGCAUGACCGGAAGCUCUGCUUUGAACUUCUGGAAUGCCUAUUGGAGCGGUACCCUAAUGCUGUUCAGCCACUGGGCAAUGAACUUUUCUAUUCAAUCUGUGAAGGUAUUGAUGAAGAAAAGGAUCCUCAAUGCUUGAUCCUCGCAUUUCAUAUUGUUGAAGUUGCUGCAAAGUUGUUUCCUGAUCCCUCUGGUCCAUUUGCUAGUUAUGCUGCAGAUAUUUUUGAAAUUUUGGGCCGUUACUUCCCCAUUCAUUUUACACAUCCAAAAAGUGAAGAUAUUGGGGUCAGCAGGGAUGAGCUCUCCAGGGCAUUACUGCUGGCAUUUGCUGCAACACCACUUUUCGAGCCAUUUGCUAUUCCAUUGCUGCUUGAUAAACUCUCUUCUUCUCUGCCAUCAGCAAAGGUUGAAUCCUUUAAGUAUCUUGGUUACUGUGCUCCGAUGUAUGGAUCAGACAGGAUGGCCAAACAUGGUGGAGCUCUUUGGUCUUCGGUGAAAGAUGUUCUGUAUACCUCACCACAGUCUGCUUUGUCUGUGGAGUCAGAGUCAGAUGGUGGUAUGAUUUUUGAGGAGAGUGAUAUUAUGGUUGAAGCCCUGAUCCUUUUGGAGGGGCUUAUCGAGCAAAAUAGUGAUUUGCUCUUAGAUAUGAUCCUUGGAGAUGAGGACAUCAAUAACUUCAUCUGCUCAUUUCCUAAACCUUGGGAUAUUCAUGAUACUCCAUUGCAACUAAGACAACAACUUCAUUCAGUAGGUCGCCUUCUUGCUGUCUCUGCCAAAUCUUCCAUGGCUUCCUGCAAUAGAGUGUUUGAAAAAUUCUUUCCCCAAAUUAUGGAGGCUUUGGGCUGUUCAGUUGGAAAUCAUUCUGAUGAGAGUUUUGCAACUGAAGAUCGUGCUCUUUCUUCUAGAUUUAAUUAUGGUACCUUAUACCUUUGUGUCGAACUCCUUGAUGCAUGUAGAUGUUUGGUUUUGGGUUUCAAAGAAUCUACAUCCUUUCCUGAUUUUAUACACGAGAAGUGGUGUUGCAUGCUGCAUGGCCUUUGCAGAUCAUUAAUCAACAUCUUCUUUUCUAACUUAGAAGUUGUUUCUGGAAAUGCUCAAAGCUCUUUCGCUUAUACUGGAGUAAAGGGUUUGCAGCUUUUGGCUACAUUUCCUAGGAGCUUCGCUCCUGUCUCAUUGUUGCUGUUUGAGAACAUUCUGUUGAAGUUGGUGUCAGCCAUCACUUCUAACUUCGACAAGAAAUUCUCAUGGGGGCUGGAAUUAAAGGCAUUAGUGGAGAUUGGCUUAUAUAUUGAAGGGUAUCAAGAGUCUGAAAAAGCAGCAACUUUUGCUAGGAUUGUUGUAGACAAGUUUGUGUCUUGGAUAUCUUCUGAUGAGCCUGCUAUGCCGCUAUCUCUCAAAAUGCAAGCAAUUUGUGAAACUGGAAUGACAGGAAUUAGCAAUAUGCUGAGAAUUGUCCAAGGGAUGGAAAAGGCUAUAUCUGCCAAAUUCACUCAGGCUUAUGUUGAUGGUAAUUUUGAGUCAGUGGAAUUGGUAAUCAAGGUUCUGGAGUGCUAUAGUGCUAGGGUACUCCCAUGGUUUGAAAUGAAUGGAGGUUCUGAGGAAGUUGCUUGGAAUUUGGCAGCUAUUAUUUGGGACAAGAUUGACAAUUCUAGUUCUGUCAAUCUCACUGUUCAAAAUUACGAACUUCUUGGUGCAGCUAUGACAGCAAUGAAACAAGCAGUUCGAUGCUGUUCACAGGAAAGUCAGGAAAAGAUUGUCAAUAGAGCCUUUAGGGUACUAUCAGCAAGCACCUUGUUUCCUCUGAAAGAUUCACCAUUUGCCACUUCCUUGUCCAAUUCAGAAGACUUAUACCUUAAUCAUCAUGUUGACAGAGUUUCAUGUAGAGAUGAAUGGAUCAUUUCACUGUAUGCUUCAGUUGUUAUUGCACUCCGUCCUCAAACACACGUCCAAAAUUUAAAGGUGGUUUUACAGUUAUUCAUAUUGGCCCUUACAAAAGGUCAUAUUCCUUCGGCUCAGGCAUUGGGUUCUUUGGUUAACAAAUUGCCUUCAAAAACCAAUGAAAGGCAUUUGUCACAAGAAUAUGGUGUGGAAGAGGCAAUAGAUGUGAUACUAACAAGUAGCAUAUGGAAUUUCUGCCAGAGUAAUACUCUCAGAAAAUGCUCUUUGUUUGGUGGUGGCAAUGAGAUACAUAAUACCAAGUGCCUUGCUGGUUUAAAUCAUACCUCGGUUCACAUUUCUGCAAUUGUUGGACUGGCUUGGAUAGGAAAGGGAUUGAUUAUGCGAGGUCAUGAAGGGAUAAAGGACAUCACAAUGACUUUUUUAGGUGUCUUACUUGAGAACACCAAUAAUGGGGAUUUUCCAGAGUCAUGUGAUCCAAUUGAAGGCAAAGAGCAAGAAGUGAUCCCUCUAAUGAAAUCUGCUGCUGAUGCAUUUCAUAUUCUCCUGAGUGAUUCCGAAGAUUGUUUGAAUAGGAACUAUCAUUCAGUGAUACGGCCACUUUACAAGCAACGGUUUUACAACUCUGUUAUGCCCCUUUUAUUAUCUUCGACAAGGCAAUCUAAUUCAAUAAUAACUAGAUCCAUGCUAUUCCGAUCAUUUGCACAUGUAAUAUCAGAGACCCCUCUGUCUGCUAUGAUAAGUGAAGCUAAUAAGCUCAUUCCCUUGCUUCUAGAUAGCUUGUCCACCUUGACUGAGGAUGUUAUGCAUAAAGAUGUCAUCUACAAUGUCAUUCUAGUCCUAUCUGCAAUUUUGAUGGACAAAAAUGGACAAGUAGCUGUUUUGGAAAAUGCACAAGCCAUAAUUAACCAGCUUAUUGGGCUUGCGGCGUAUCCUCAUAUGAUGGUAAUUCGAGAGACAGCAAUUCAGUGCCUUGUUGCAAUGUCUGAACUGCCUUAUGCGAGGAUUUAUCCAUUGAGAACAAAGGUUUUACAAGCUAUAUCAAAAGCCUUGGAUGAUCCAAAGAGGGCUGUCAGACAAGAAGCAGUCAGAUGUCGCCAAGCUUGGGCAUCAAUUGCCUCAAGAAGCCUUCACUUUUGAAAUACUAAAUAACAUCGAGUUCCAAGGCUUGUGAGAUAAGGGAAGAUGAAGAAGUACCAUUGUCAUGCUAUACUAAUCUUUCUUGGUAGCUGAAACUGGAAACUACUCAGUCAUGCAUCUCAAAUUGCAG